GUGUGAAACACAUAUGAGCAAACUCAACCUUACUUUAUAGAAACUUAUUUUAAAGUUGGUGCCUAACAAACUUUCGUCGUAUUUCGCACGAAAACGAAAGUUGCGUUUAUAAAGGAGUUUAUUUCUUGGUGCUCACGAAACAACGUACUAAUCAAAAAAGUAAAGGCAGAGCACUGUGAACACAAACAUAUAUAUUUUUCAAGAGAAAACAAAACACUAAAGCGUGUAAAAUCAACGUCCACAAACCGGGUCAACAGCAACCUUCGUUUCAAUUUCCGUUCUGAUCGUCGUGCAAAGAUGCCAGCAGCCAGCUCACAUUCACGUCUGUUCUUCUAUUUACUGUGCGCUGCCUCACUCCUAGCCGUUUCCAAGUCGGAUGCCGUGCCAUUACAACCACCAACUGAAGAUUUGGCCUACGACGCAGCUAUACAGCUAGGCUUACUUAACCAUCGUCUUAAUUUACUUAGCCAUGAGGAAGAAUCAAGACAACUAAGUUUACCAAACAUAACACUGGGGAACAUCGUGAACCGCAUACCCUGUAGUUGUGACAAUGGGUUAUGCAAGUGCUGUGCUGGUUUCCUUUCAGUUAUUGGUAUGAACAGUUGCACAGAAGUGGCAUAUCGACCUGAAGAAUUUUCAUUCGAGUUGCGAAUGCGCGUUAACAACAAUAUUUGGUUCCGACAAAAGGUAUCUGGCAAGAAUCCCCCUCCAUUCUGCUUCCGGCCGCCUCGUUUUAAUUUUGCUAAAGCCUGUAUUCAAUUUCAUGAUAUAUGGUUUGUCGGGCGUAAUAUGCACGUUUGCAUGUAUAUGUCAGGAGAAUUUCAGGGCUUUGAGUUGUUUGAAAGAAACUUUGACUGUCUCUUGUUUGGAGAUCACGGAGUUAAAAUUGUACCCCCAGAGCAAGGUUAUCCUGUAAGACCGAACGAUGUCGAUAUUGAUGAUGGAGACGAUGAAAUUGAGGACUACGAUGAGAAUGUAGUUCGCAGUUUGGCAAAAAAGAUGGUCAAAAAAUAUUAA